UUUAAGCCCAGCCCUGUCUGGGAGGCAGAAGCAGGUGAAUCUGAGUUCAAGGCCAGCCUGGUCUAUGGAGCAAAUUUCCUGGACAGCCAGGGCUAAGCAGAGAAACCAUCUUGGAAACCACCCCGCACCACCCCACUCCCCACCCCCCACCCCCCGGAAAAAAAAAGUUUUCAGUAACAGAUAUCUUCGGACUGGAUUCUUUCCCUUAUCCCAGUGGCGCUACACCUUAUUCUUCGCCUGCUAAUUGGUCACUUCUCUAGGCCUUUGUUGCCCCUUGUGGUCAUGUGAGUUUUGACCGACCUUUAACCUAGUACGUGGGGGGUUGGGAGGCGCGUCUUGGCACGUGAGCGCAGUGUCGGUUGGGCACUCUUGUGCGGCCACGGCUGGGUGAGGACGCAGUAGGGGCCCCUUCCGGCCUAGAUUGGCCAUAGUUUGGGGACCCAGACAACUGGGUCGCAGUGGGGGGCGGCCGUGGGAAAGGCCCAGCGGCAACAAGCUAAGGAAGCUCUUGGGGGUUAAGCGGGGUGUAUCGGGCCUUUCCCUGCCAUCUGGGGUCCUGAGAAUGGUGGGCAAUAAUCCCCUCUCAGAGGAAAAGAAGGAUGAUGUGGUGUAAGCGUAAAUCAAACUUGAAAUCCAGGUAGAAUCUCAGCCUCUUGUAUAGCAUUAUCGCGUUGCUCUGUGCAUUUCCGAUUAUUAAAUAAUAAAAGGCAUGGUCGCUUUUAGGGAAAUGUCUGAGAAACUACGAAGAUGCAGAAAGGAGCUGACUGCAGCCAUAGACCGAGCCUUUGAAGGAGUCAGGCAUUCCCAGGAGUGCACAGGCCCGCAGAGGCUGGAUGCCCCAUCGCUCGCCUCCCUGCCCGUGCACAGGCUGUUCUGCCGAAACCCACUGGCAGCUUGCCCCUCUGCUGCCCCCUGCGCUGGUGCCUCGUGUGCUCCUGAGAAUGAGAACCCUGUCUUUGCACCACAUCAUGUCCCAGUUAAUGCAAAGCCCCUUCCUUUAUACCCCAAAAGAAAACCUCUGACCAGCAAGGAAAAUGUCUUGAUGCACUCUUCCAUUUUGGCACGUGAAAAACAGUUUUGGAGAGCUGCAGGAGAUGGGGAAAACUGGAGAAAAGAAAGUUUAAGGAAGGAUGACUCAAAUAUGCUGCUCAGCAGUUCUAGCCAAGAGGUCACAAAGGACCUGCUGGAUAUGAUUGACCAUACGAGUAUCCGAACUAUUGAAGAACUGGCUGGAAAACUAGAAUUUGAAAACGAAUUGAACCGUGUGUGUGGACGCUGCCAAGAUUCACCCCUUAAGGAGGAGGCCUGGGCCCUGCUUGUGGAUGAGAGCCCUCGGAAGUCUUUGGAUGCCGACCCUGGGAGCCUCAAGCAGGCUUUUGAUGACCAGAAUAUUGUUGAGACCGUUCUGGACUUGGAGGAGGAUUACAACCUGAUGACCUCUUUUAAAUACCAAAUAGAGUAAGGUUAUCAGCAGCCAGUUGUGACUCUUGACAAGGGGUUAGCAGAGCCUGAAUCACCACAUACUGUUAACUCCUGCUGAAUCCCAUUGUGAGCUGAGUCUGGGCUUUAAUAUUCUGUCAUUUUGAAAUGUUUGGAGUUUUUUUGACUUGACAUUUUUUAGUGUGUUUUUGAUUGGUGUUCAAUAUACACAAUGCCCUUGGUA